AAGACGUGGGAAAAGCACAGAUCGAAACAGCUGCAAACCGCCCACGGGAGUUAUAUAACGAAAGCUAAAACAAUGUUCUCUGCAAUAUCAUCAGACUAUCCGACGUCGAAACUUGUUUGCAAAACAAGGAUAUUCAUCUCUUUAAUAUCGACUUUAUCCAUUUUUCUCCCCUAUCUUCUUGGUUCAGGCCUCCUCUCUCUAUAUAAAAGCUUGUCACCAGUUACUCGAUUAGUCGACUUUCUUCAUCAUCAAAGCUUGCGACCGGUUACGCAUUUCGAAAAGCCAAAUUCACAAUACCCAUCUCGAUUUGUUAAGUUUUCCUUCAAAGAAAGCUUGCGACCAACCCAUUUGAAAUUCAGGGAUACAUACCCAUCUGAAUUUUCAGCUGUAGAGCUAACCCGAGUCGUUUUCACUCAGUUUUUCCCUCUUCAUUAUGACGAAUAAUGAGUCUCAUUAUUCGACUUCACAUGUUCGAGACUCCACGGACAGACUACCAGGUUCGUCGUCUCCCAAGUCAUCAGCUUUCCAGAAACUAUGCCGCAAGCUCUCGCCCAAGAAAUCAGACAAACGUACUCUUUCGGUCGAGCCCAACGCCCCAAAAUACGGUGAAUUAGAUCGUGUGUUUCGGUACUUGGACGAGAACGGCGACGGGAAAAUCUCACCAGAGGAGCUGCAGAGUUGCGUGAGAAUGGUGGGUGGGGAAAUGUCGACGGAGGAGGCCGAGGCAGCCGUGGAAUCAUCAGACUCGGACGGGGACGGCUUGUUUGGGUACGAUGAUUUUGUUAAGUUGAUGGAGGUGAGUGGGGAGGAGGAGAGGCAGAAGGACUUAAGGGAGGCGUUUGGGAUGUAUGAGAUGGAGGGGUCGGGGUUUAUAACGCCUACGAGUUUGAAGCGGAUGAUGAGUCGACUCGGUGAGUCAAGGACGAUAGGGCAGUGUAAGGAUAUAAUUAAGUCGUUUGAUCUGAAUGGGGAUGGCGUGCUUAGCUUCGACGAGUUCAGAGCAAUGAUGCGCUGAUGAUGGUGCAAAUAGAUAUUCAACCAUUCUUUCUUUAAUUUCUUUUUUUUUACCAAAAUUCAUUAGUUCAUGUACAUAAUACAUAUUGAUUGUAUUCUUCUUUAUACAUAGUUAAAUUCGGGGAUGAAAGUGGCAUUAGAUCCAAAGUAAUCGUAAAAUUUCCCUUUCUUAA